AUGUCAACAAAACCUUUAGCCAAUAAGGCUAUAACCUCUGCUCUAUCAUAUUGCUUGCAAGAGUUAUUAGCUCAAGAAUUAAGCGGAAUAAAUAAAAAAAGAAGAAAACAUUUAUUGUCAAGAAAAAUAGGAGCCGAAGAAGGAAAAACUGUUGAAGGUGUCGAAAAAAUACAAAAUGUUGAUGAUAAAGUAAUUUUAUCUAUGUUUGUCGAUGACAAAGUAAUCAAGAUGACAUUAUAUGGGCUUUUAAUUAGUGGUCCAUUGAAUCACUAUGUUUUCAUGGUUCUUGACAAAUUAUUCAAUAGAAUUAGUAAAGGAGCAGCAGCCAAAAUUCUACAAGUUAUCACUUUUCAAUUAAUUUUUACACCAAUUCAUUAUAUUGUAAUGGCUAUAAUUAGUGGUUCACAAGAUUUAAAUCAAAUAAUAUCUAAUUUUAAAAAAUCUAUUUUGAAACUUGAAUUAACCGCUUGUGCUGCUUCACUUGUCACCUUAAUUUUUGCUCAAAGUUUUCUAGAUCCUCGAUUCUGGGCAUCUUUCUUUAACCUUUCUGGUUUUACUUUUGGUCUUAUUGCAAAUGUAAAAGCCAAAAAUGACCGAUUGAAAAAAAUAGAACUACAUUAA